GAAACGUGGGGCUUCUUCAGGGUCCAGCUCCUGCAGCACGCACAGCCAUUUCAAUGACGGGCCCCUCUGGGGCAUGGCGGCCAGAAGCACCACCAGCCCGCCGCGUUCCCCAGGAUCCCCUUUGAGCGGUUUUGCAGCCAGGUGACUCCAGUGAGACAUCUCUCACUGUGGCUUUCCCUAGCACCCGAGGGGGUGAAUUUCUAGCCAUUUUCCCUUCUGCACCGCAGACACUUCUUCGCCAUUAAGUGAGACAAGGCCAUAACCAGGUCUUGCUCAUACACCUGCUGGAACAUCUUCCUCUGUAUCUUAUUUCAUCCUGAGGCAAGGAAAAAGAAACUUAAGGACCAGCCGCAAGGGGCCUGCUGACUGCUGCUUUGAGUUUCACUUUCCUUUUUCUCAAACCGGAAGAUACAGGUCUCAGCAGAACCUUUCAGUCUCCAAGCUGGGGCUGCUGGAUACAUGAAACAGAGCAGCUAACGCUACAUGUAAGCUCCCUCCAGCUGUUAAAAAACAGAUACAGAACAAUGGCAGUGGUAACCAGAUUGACAUGGAGUGAGGAGAAGAGUCUGGAGAAGAUGCUUGGGAACGUGUCCUUGAGACUUCUUUAUAAGUCUAGUGUCCAUGAGAGUGACAUUCAUAGUAUGAAUGAAAAGUGCACUCAUCAGAGACCUACUGUAACAAUAAUUUACGUUGGUAACAUUGUUCUUGGGGUCUUUAUGCUUGGGGAUCAUCCUGAAGUGCAUGACAAUUUAAAAAGGGCCAAUCCCUCCUUCUAUUUUUCAUUUCCAAAGAAUGAUGUAACUGCAAUGAAAACUGCAGUUUUAGAAACAGAAACAAAAAUUAAUUCUGAACGACUGGUCUGUUAUUCUUCUGGCCAAGAGGUGUUUUCUGUACAUCCAGGCGAAAGCAGCUUUUCGAUGAAUGAUUCAUUAAGGAGUACUUUAUGCAUACAUUUUCGUUCUGGCAGCAAGUAUUCGGAAUGUGAAGUUUUUCACGUUGAAGGAAUUGGGGAUGAUAUAAACUACAUAAGCAAGAUAACAGGAGCCACCAAGCACAGAAAUUCACUUCUAGUCGAACUCAGAACCUACAAGCCCUGUGUAGACUUUGUUUCAGAAAUUCGUAUUCUGUUGCUGGGUCCAGUUGGGUCUGGAAAGUCUAGUUUUAUCAAUUCAGUGAAGUCUGUUUUCCAAGGCCGUCUGACUCGCCAAGCCACAGUGGGGUCUGAUGUCACCAGCAUUACUGAGCAGUAUAGGAUAUAUCCUAUUAAAGAUGGGAGACAUGGCAAAUACCUGCCAUUUAGGUUGUGUGACUCCAUGGGCCUACAUGAGAAAGAAGGAGUAGGAUUGUGCAUGGAUGACAUACCCUAUAUCUUAAAAGGUUGCAUGCCAGACAGAUAUCAGUUGAACCCCAGUAGACCAAUUACACCCAAUCAUCCUAACUUCAUUGCCUCUCCGUCACUGAAGGACAGGAUUCACUGUGUGGCUUAUGUCCUAGAUAUCAACUCUAUCAAUGAUCUCUCCUCUAAGAUGGUGGCAAAGUUCCAACAAAUUCAGAAAGAAGUCUUGAGCUAUGAUACAGCCUGUGUACUCUUGCUUACUAAAGCAACUAAUUGCGGUGAAAUUUUUCAAGGCAAUUUUUCAAACAUGGAUAAACCUAUGACUUCCCAGAGCCAGAUAAUGGAUGCCAGCAAAAUGUUAAAUGUUCCUAUUUAUAAUACAUUCGUGGUUGAAAAUUACACAUCAGAGUGGGAGCUGGACCCUGUAAAGGACACUCAGAUCCUCUUUGUGCUGAGGCAGAUGUUACGGGUAGCAGAGGACUUCUUUGAGGACUUGCCUUGAGGAAACAGAAGGGAAAACUGGAAGAGAAUGAAAUGCUGGAGAGAAGAAAUGGACAUGAAGGAGGGAGAAUGUUUUACUUAUCUUUGGCUGAAGAUAUGAAUUUAAACUAAUUAAAAAGAACAGAUAUUUCUUAAGGACUUACAUGUUAUUUCUGUAAAAAAAACACAAAGUUUUCAUUAAUCAAUUUCAAAUCAUCCUGCCAUGUUUCCCAAGUAGAGUGAUCAAAUAAGGUUAUUAGUGCAAGUCAAGAAGAAGGUUAUCUGGGGCGCCUGGGUGGCUCAGUGGGUGAAAGCCUCUGCCUUCAGCUCGGGUCAUGAUCCUCUCUGCUCAGCGGGGAGCCUGCUUCCUUCUCACACUGCCUGCCUCUCUGCCUACUUGUGAUCUCUGUCUGUCAAAUAAAUAAAUAAAUAAAAUCUUUAAAAAAAGAAGAAGGUUAUCUUAUACACAUGCCCCCAAAUGGUUUUAAAUUCCUCUGGGUAGCUGUAGAAAUGAGCACUAUUAGUAAAGAAAAAAAGAUUUUCAGAAGAUAAGUUUUGGGUUUUCUGCCUAAAACCCUAACUCUCUUUUCCAAAUUUCUUAGUAUUUUUCAAAUGAAUAUGCUUUGGCUCAAUAGUUAUCUAUAUUAAAGCCAUCUAAUGUACUUUUAGUCAGAAUUAUUGUCUUCUUUGGGAAACUAGGAAUACUAGAGAUUUUGUGUGGUGGGUGGGUGGGAUGGGCUGUGGCAUUAAAAAGUGACUGUUUUGAACUUAAGUGUGUCUAUUGGCAGAGGAAUGGAUAAAGAAAAUUUGGUAUGCUGGGGCGUCUGGGUGGCUCAGCUAUUAAGUGUCUGCCUUUGGCUCAGGUCAUGAUCCCAGGGUCCUGGGAUUGAGCCCUGCAUUGGACACCUUGCUCA